AUCGCCCAGCAUUGUAGGCAGGGUGGAGUGGAAUGCGCUGUUCAUUAGUUUAUAGGUCUAUGGUUACAAUAGUCCGUACUCUGUACUCUGUAGCACCGCACGGCUACACGCCGCGUAUCGUUGCCAUUGAUAGGUUGCGCUCUUGCGCCAUCGUAGUCAUCAGUGCCUCAGUGGUCGUUCCGUUCCACAACUCGUUCCCCGUUGUUCGCCUAUCACGGUAUCACAAUAAUACAAUAUUAUAUUAAUUUAAUAAAAUAGAUAAUAAUAAUACAACGUCUAUUCGUCUCAAACAACAUUUUUUUUUCAAUAACGUUCUUGAUUCUUAUUUCUUCCUACCCACGGUAAUUAAUCAAAUAACUGAUGCACGCGUAUCUCCUCCCCAACUGUUGAAGAGGUGCAGGUACGAUCACGACUGUUUCUCGCCGUCGUCGUGGAUUUGGGGCGUCAUCUACGACGUGCCGUUUGACUUUUUCGCUAGAGAAGCUUAGUUCGUAUAGGGUGUACAUUUAAACAAAUCACUCAAACUAGGUAGUUCGAUGAUAAUUGUUUAUACUCCGAUCCGUUGUCACACGGCGUCUUAGUGUUCAGCCAACAUUCCCUGAUUCCCCACACUAGUUGACGUUCAAAGCAUCGAUAUGGAAUUGUUGAGGUAACAAUUUUCUUCUCGGUAAACCAUCGCCAUGUCCUCUGUAUCCGUCAUGGACACACUGUCCUUCACAGUUUUAUCCGUGAUAUUCAUCCCGUUUCUCCUUUUCUUUCUCAGCAUCGUUCUGUUGGCGUAUGUCGGAAAGACGCUAGGAUUACAACAGAUCUAUGUGGAUUUCUUAGUUAAAGUAUUUGAGUAUGGACGAGAAAAUCUAGAAAAACAGUCGAAAAAACAAACAAAAAAAGUCGAAGAAACUGAUAGUGAAGAAACUGAUGAUGUUGAUGAACUAGAUUUGGUGACUGAAAUUGACACGGAUACAUUAAAUGAGUCUUCAACACAUUUAGAGCCAAUAAGCUCAAAUGGAUCUAUCUCUCGUAGUAACUCGACUCAUAGUCUAUCUAAUGGAAAUGUUGAUAAAAAAAUACAGAAUGGAGCUCCACCUUUAAUAAGCAGACAAGAUUUAAUACUAGUUCCAGAUCCAGAUCAAAAUUACAAUGGCAACAAUAAUGUUAAAACUGAAGGAGGUAAACAAAUAUUACAAAGAACUCGUUCAUUUAAUACUUUAAAACGAGAAUUUGAACUUGCCGAUGUGCUUGAUUAUGUGAAAACUGGUGUUGAAGCAAUUAUAGAGGAUCAAGUUACUUCACGAUUUGAAGCAGAAGAACUUAAGUCAUGGAAUUUGUUGACAAGGACAAAUAGACAUUAUGAGUUUAUCAAUUGGAAAAUAACAGUCAUUUGGAUUAUUGGAUUUAUUGUAAGAUAUACAUUUUUGUUGCCAUUACGUGUGUUGAUUUGUUUCUUUGGCGUCAUGUGGCUGUGGAUUUGUACAUUAAUUGUUGGUUUUGUGCCUGAUAGUAUGGGUAAACGUUGGCUGAAUCAAAAUACAUCUAUUAUGUGUUUUCAAGUUUUAGCUGCUUCACUAUCUUCAGUCAUCACCUAUCAUAAUCGCGAGAACCUACCAAAGCGAGGCAUUUGUGUUGCCAAUCAUACAUCUCCAGUUGACGUACUAGUGUUGGCAUGCGAUAACCCUUAUGCUCUGAUUGGCCAGCGACACGGAGGGUUUUUAGGAAUCCUUCAAAGAGCAUUAGCCAGAGCUUCUCCUCAUUUAUGGUUUGAACGAUCUGAAGCUAAAGAUAGAGAAAUUGUUGCAAUGAGACUACGAGAACAUGUAUCAAAUCCAAUUAAUCCACCAAUAUUAGUAUUUCCUGAAGGAACGUGCAUCAACAACACAUCUGUUAUGCAGUUCAAAAAAGGAAGUUUUGAAGUUGGCAGUGUUAUAUACCCUGUAGCUAUUAAGUAUGAUCCAAGGUUUGGAGAUGCAUUUUGGAAUAGUAGUAAAUACUCAAUGAUUCAACAUCUUUAUUUAAUGAUGACAUCUUGGGCAAUUGUUUGUGAUGUGUGGUAUUUGCCUCCAAUGUACCAAAAUGAAAAUGAAUCAGGUGCCGAUUUUGCAAAUCGAGUAAAACGAGUAAUUGCUGAUCAAGGUGGUCUUGUUGACCUAGUAUGGGAUGGUCAACUUAAACGUAACAAACCGAAAACAGAAUGGAAAGAAAGACAACAGGAAGAAUUCAGUAAACGAUUAAAAGUCGAAUAGCAAAAUUUUAUAUUAUUUUUUAAAAUUACAUAUUGGUUAUAUAACAACGCAUAAUGGGAUUGCUUAAAUACGUCAUGACAAAAAUGGAAUGACUCAAUCCAUCAGAACAAAAACUAGUCGUACAUUAAAUCACCAUUUUAUUUUUUUGUUUAAUAUUUAUUUUAGGUUUAAAUAAUAAAGUAGAUAUUAAAUGAACUAUAAAUUAUUCAAUUAUAAAAACAUUUUGUGAACCAUAAUAUUGAUUUUGGUGGCAGUCGUUGAACUGGAUUUCCGUCUGUGAUUUAAGUAAGCCUUUGAAUAAGAAUUUUUAAUUACUGAAAAUGUUCAACAUUUGGAUGUUACUAAUG